CGUCGUCGCCGCCGUUCUUCCUGCUCGCCUCGUCGUAGUGCUAGGGUUUGUGAGCUUCCGAAGCCGAAGAGAUGGCGGUUCCGCUGCUGACGCAGAAGAUCGUGAAGAAGCGGGUCAAGCAGUUCAAGAGGCCUCACACGGACCGCUACAAGUGCCUUAAGCCAAGCUGGCGCAGGCCAAAGGGUAUCGACUCCCGUGUCAGGAGGAAGUUCAAGGGAUGCACCUUGAUGCCCAACAUCGGUUAUGGUUCUGACAAGAAGACCAGGCAUUACCUUCCCAACAAAUUCAAGAAGUUUGUAGUCCACAAUGUCUCUGAGCUGGAGUUGCUUAUGAUGCACAACAGGACAUACUGUGCUGAAAUUGCUCACAAUGUCUCUACCCGUAAGCGCAAGGAGAUUGUGGAGCGUGCCGCUCAGCUUGACAUUGUUGUCACAAAUAAGCUUGCCAGACUUCGCAGCCAGGAGGAUGAGUAAAGCGGUUGAUUUGUUUGUAUGAAAUCACCCUACCUUGAAUUUUUUUUGUUUAAUUGCCGAUGUUAGUUUUGUUACAUGGACAUGCUAUGUCUGUCAGUAAUGAGCUCAGUAUGUAACAGAUCUACUUUUCGAUCAGUGUUCUGCAUUAACUUCUUAAUGUAAACCAGUGCCUGUUACAAUGGUGUGUAGCGCAGUAUGAGAUACUAGAGAUUUUCCAUGCGGAAA